AUGGACACAAGAAAGAGAGGGAGACCUGACUUCAACACUAAUGGCCAUGGUGGAUUCAAGAAAUCUAAGCAAGAAAUGGACUCCUUAUCAACUGGUGUAGGAAGCAAAUCGAAGCCAUGCACCAAGUUUUUCAGUACUGCUGGCUGUCCAUUUGGCGAGAGCUGCCACUUUCUCCACCAUUUUCCUGGUGGCUACAAUGCUGUGGCUCAGAUGAUGAAUCUGGGACCUCCUGUUGCCCCACCAUCUAGAAGUAUGGCAGCCCCGGCGCCAGUUCCUAAUGGCUCUGCUCCUUCUGCUGUUAAAAGCCGGCUGUGUAACAAAUACAGUAGUGCUGAAGGUUGCAAAUUUGGUGAGAAAUGCCAUUUUGCUCAUGGUGAGUGGGAACUGGGCAGGGCUUUUGCUCCAUCCCACAAUGAUCCUCGUGCUCUUGGAAGUGUUCCAGGACGUUUAGAUUCCUCCCUUGCUGGAUCCAUCAUUGGUAAGGGUGGUGUGCAUUCCAAGCAGAUCUGCCGCCAAACAGGAGUCAAGCUAUCUAUUAAGGAGCAUGAAACAAAUCCAAAGCUCAAGAACAUUGAGCUUGAGGGUUCAUUUGAGCAGAUUGCCCAAGCUAGUAAGAUGGUAGAAGAGCUUGUGAGAGUGACUUCAGCAAAUGCCGCUGCAAAAACCUCUGGUGGUCUUGGAAGCCAUGCCAAUCCUGGAAGCAACUAUAAGACUAAGCUGUGUGACAAUUUUGCCAAAGGGUCUUGCACUUUUGGUCAAAGGUGCCAUUUUGCUCAUGGGGCUGCUGAAAUGCGCAAGUCGGCUGUGUGA